CUCGGAGGAGCUGAUGACGGAGGGAGCGCACUGUCUUCAGGAGCGCAGCAGAACACACACUGCACCUUCGAGCAGUGGGAUGAGACCAGUCAGUGGAAGUGAGAUGAGCAUAUAACUUGGGAACUUUAUUUUCUUUCUCUGUCGGCACUAUUUUGUGUGUGUAUUUCGGAGGUGGGGGGCUGUUAGGACGAGCGCGUUUUCUCUCCAGGAGCGCGCAGUGUGGCGCACGCUGGACAACAAAAAGCAGCUCAGUGCAGCGAGUGCAGCGCAGGCAGGUUUCCGUUUUAAAAGCAGCAGGAGAGGCAGAGGAGUUACGGAGUCCGCGUGGGAGAGCGGUGCACGAGAAACACGGGGACCUCUCUGAACAAUAAAGAAAAAAAACAACACGGAAUAUUGAGACAUAAGACACCAGAAGUUGGAUAUGGCGGCUGUGAAGACGUUCGACCUUCUGGUUGGAGUUGCUGUAGUUUUGCAGUGUGUCGGGAUUGCACGAGCCGAGAUCUCAUCCAGUAACGGGGUCUUUUACUCACACGUGCAGGGGCAGACAGGAGACGAGGAUGUAGGCGUGGAUGUGAAGCUCUACAGUCACCGGUGGAGGAGAUGGCUUCCUCCUAAACCUCGUAACAUGGACAGUAACAGGGCCAGUCAGGAGCAGGACCAGGAGCCGGAGCAGGUGGAGCCUGAGGCCUUCCCUGGCCUGCUGUCUGCAGAGGACACAGACAACAGCUCCCAGAUAGAGGAGGACGCAGAUCAUGAUUACUACACAUCAAAAACAUACAGCCCCUCAGAUGCCAUGAGCAAGGACUUGUGGGUAAAUAUUGACCAGAUGGACAAGGAAAAAGUGAAGAUCCACGGGAUUCUGUCCAACACACACAGACAAGCGGCGAGAGUUAAUCUGUCCUUCGACUUCCCUUUUUAUGGACAUUUCCUGCGUGAAAUCACUGUGGCGACUGGUGGGUUCAUCUACACAGGUGACGUGGUCCACCGGAUGCUAACAGCUACACAGUACAUCGCCCCUCUAAUGGCGAACUUUGACCCCAGUGUCUCCAGAAACUCUACUGUCAUCUACUUCGACAACGGUACAGCGCUGGUGGUGCAAUGGGACCACGUCCACCUGCAGGAUAACUACAACCUGGGGAGCUUCACUUUCCAGGCGACACUGCACAACACUGGCAGGAUUGUUUUUGCAUACAAAGAGAUCCCCGUUGAGGUGUCACAGAUCAGCUCUGUCAAUCACCCGGUAAAGGUGGGCCUGUCUGAUGCCUUUGUGGUGGUCCACAAGAUCCAACAGAUACCCAACGUGAGGCGGAGGACGAUCUAUGAGUACCAUCGUGUGGAGCUGACCAAAACGAAGAUCACCAAUUCUACAGCUGUGGAAAUAUUCCCCUUAGCCACCUGUCUGAAGUUCACCAGCUGCAGCGACUGCAUCUCCUCACAGAUCAACUUCAACUGUAGCUGGUGCCAUCGGCUCAACAGGUGUUCCAGCGGCUUCGACCGCCAUCGGCAGGAUUGGGUGGACAACAGCUGCCCAGAUGAGACCAAGGAUAAGAUGUGCGACAUCAUCGACACCACGCAUCUCUACCCCUUCACCACCACGAUUGUCGCCAAAACAACAUCCAGGAGCAAAGAGGCUACGGCAGAUAGGGGCUGGCCCUCCACUUCCCCCCCUCCCACCAGCGCCCCCACCGAAGAUGACACCAAGAUCGCCCUGCAUCUCAGAGACAACCAGGUGAUGCCUGCUGACAGCGCUGCAGACAGAAUGCCGGGUACACACCCACUUCACAUCGGCCUGAUCCUCGGUAUCCUCCUGGUGGUUCUCGUUAUGGUUGCUGGCGUGCUGGUCACCGUGUACGUCUAUCAUCACCCGACCUCUGCAGCCAGCCUCUUCCUUAUUGAGAGACGCCCCAGCAGGUGGCCAGCCAUGAAGUUUCGCCGGGGAUCGGGCCACCCGGCGUACGCAGAGGUGGAGCCGGUCGGGCAGGAGAAGGAGGGCUUCAUCGAGUCUGAGCAGUGCUGAGGGAGGAGGGGGCGUCUGCAUCCCUCGCAGCCCCCCCCUCCUCCCUCCUGGACGUCUCACGAGGAAACCUCCAGGAUCUGAUAUUGACGGAGGAAGCUCAGUGUACACAAAAACUCGUGACGACUGUUGAAUCGGCCCAUUGAGCGCAAGAUUAGACUUCAGAUAGAGCAACAAGGAUAUGAGGGUGUGAGAAAAGCCUGAAAACUGAUCCCUGACGCGCCCGCUGUUCAGCUGUUCUGUUGACCAGGGACUGACCUCAAGGGGAUAGGAGGGACAGCGCUGAUGUCAUCGACUCAAUCAGCGUUGCUUAAGUUUUGAAUGGCUGCUAUCAUGUUGCGAGGGAGGGGAUUGUACAGUCUGACCGCCUUGACUGGAUACUGGUGUAUCCGAGGUGGUGAAAUAUACAAUAUAUAUUUUAAGAAACAAUACAGAGUAUGUGAACAGAGAAUUCCUCUUCAAUGUCGGUGGGGUUAUCCUGUAUAGGCCUUUAUAUCCAUCAGGUUUUCACUUCUUUUACUUCUCUUCGUCCUUCUCACAGGGGUUGGCACAUUAAUCUUUAGAGACCAUCCGUAUUGCUUUUCAGCGCCAUAGCAGGCUUAAUUGACUUUUCCACUGCCCCGCUCUGCAGAGAGGCUGCAGCUGUGCGAUAUGACGCCAGCUGAACUCCCGUCACUCUGAUUGAUCAAUGAAAGAAAAUUCUGCAAAUUCAGUAUGGGUGUAGAAUAAAAUUGGGAUGUUUGGUAGGUUUCGUUUCCUGAAAAUGAAGAGUGAGAUGUUUGUUUCCUGAGAUUUUCUCAGUUUUUCUUGUUCUGGGUGAUGGGCACACUCUGCUCUUUUUUGUUCCUUUGAUUGCUUUGAUUUUCUUUUUAUAACUUUUGCAGUUUUUUUCAUGACUGCUGUGCCAUUUUGUCCCUGACGAGAGUUUGCACAUUAUUUUCCAAGCACAAUUGAUUCUCUCAUUUGACAUGUUGUACUAAUGCAGAAUGACAAGACAGGCGCUUGUGAGUGCGUAUGCUGAAUUUAUUUUCUAAAGUGUAAGUGAUUCUUUAUGUUUGUGUGAAUGCAUAUGAGUACAGUAGUGUUUGGAUAUCCUCCUGCGUAUGUUUGAGCUGGCUCUGCACAGUAGAUUCUUGAUGAUACAAAUCUGAGGUGUGGGGUUACGGUUUGUGUGGUAUGGUUGGAGUUUUCCUUGAUUUUACAGUGUGGUUUCCUUUUACAGUAUGUUGCCAGCAUAACCAUUAGCUAGUAUGUGUUAAUGCUAUGACUGGCUCAUCCGUGUCGACACAUUAAUGUAUAUACCAAGGCCAAAACAUUUGCAGAUUCAGGUAAUUCAUGGCAAACAUUUUUUUUAAAUGAACAUUAUAGUACAGAAAUUGUUAUUUUUUGAUGAGUGGCCUUUUUUCUCUACUUUUUUUACUCAAAUGUGAAUACUGUUCAAAUCAUUACUGUCACCAAUCAAUACACAAGGCUUCUGACUGAUUACAUUUAAAUCCUCAUUAUUCUCACUGUUAAAUAUAUUCUGUCAUGACACAAUUAUGUUUUCACACCAAUGAUUGUAGACUCAUUUAAGAGACGAUCCAUUUCCUGGAAUUCUACUGAAAAAUAAAGUGUGCAAUAUGACAUCUG